AGAAUUUCACAAAAUUGUAUUUUACUUCGUAUUUAGUGCGGAGUUAGCAGCAGCACGGUGUGACGCUAGCUACAAUUAGCUAGUUGUAGCUAGCUAAGGUGUGGCGCUAGCUUAGCUAAGGUGUGGCGCUAGCUUAGCUAAGGUGUGGCGCCACACCUUGCUGCUGCUAUUCGGCGUGAUUUUCGAACAUGGCCAUCACAUUCUAAUUGGACUACACGUUCUUACCAAACCAUAUAAUUAAAAAACAUUUCAAUGGUAAUUUGGUCUUUCGUUGGAGUGCGUUGACGUCGAGGCAUUAAUGAGUCGUCCUGCUCUUCAAGAUUAGCAUUGGUGCUGCACAUGAUGAUAGCCGCACACGUGUUAGCAAUGCUUUUUUUUUUAAACAAGCAGCUAAACUUGAUAAAGCCUGUCCUAAAUGGGUUUCGUGGACGAAUUUCAGCUCAACUGAAUAGAUAAAGUAAGGAUGUGAUAUGCUUCCUCAGGUUUGUUCGUUUUUACGCAAUUUAUAUUUGGUCGUAUCAAGUUAGCUUAACAGCUGUUUUGCUAAAGCCACGAGGUCGCCAACGGUUCAUACGACAAUACAUUCACAACCAAGUUAAACCAACAUCGGUGAUAGAAAGUAACUAAGUAUUUACUCAAGUACUGUACACAUUUCAGGCGAACAAAAUGGAUGAGUGGAAUGAGGGAACUACUAGUAAUACUACUACAGUAACCAGCCAAUCAAGUGAAGGCACACAACGUGACUCCUGGAACUCUGACAGGGGGAAAUAUGGAAGGGGUGGUGGAGGCAGAGGAGGAUUCCAAAGCUCGUUCUCAGGUGGUGGAAAUUCAGAAGACGGGAUUGGAUUUAGAGGCAGAGGAGGAAGAGGCGGUGGAAGAGGGUUUGACAGGGCGGAUCGCAGUGAAUCAAAUGGAGAGGAAGGUGGAGGGUUCGGGGGCGGAAGCCGAGGAAGAGGCGGCAGAGGAGGUUUCCGACAAGGUGGAGACGAUGGACCCAGAGGAGGAGGCUCAGGAGGAGGCUACCAAGGGAGAGAUGAGGAUUCCUUUGCUCGAGGCGAUUCUAAAGAUCCAGAAAAGAAAGAUGGCGGCGAAGAAGAAAGACCAAGGAUCACGUAUGUUCCUGAAGCACUCCCCGAAGAUGAAGCAUCCAUUUUCGCCCACUAUGAGAAAGGCAUCAACUUUGCGAAGUAUGAUGACAUCACAGUGGAUGUCAGUGGAAGUAACCCCCCGCCGGCUAUCAUGACUUUUGAGGAGGCAGCAUUGUGUGAGUCACUUAGAAAAAAUAUCAGCAAAACUGGUUAUGUGAAGCCCACCCCCGUUCAGAAGUAUGGCAUCCCCAUCAUCUCUGCUGGCAGAGAUCUCAUGGCCUGUGCCCAGACUGGAUCUGGUAAAACGGCUGCUUUCCUCCUGCCUAUCCUGCAGCAGCUGAUGGCAGAUGGCGUGGCAGCGAGUUCCUUUAGUGAGCUGCAGGAGCCCGAGGUCAUCAUUGUGGCCCCCACCAGGGAGCUCAUCAAUCAGAUUUACCUGGAGGCCAGGAAGUUUGCCUUUGGGACAUGUGUGCGUCCAGUUGUGGUUUAUGGUGGAGUCGCCACUGGACACCAAAUAAGAGACGUUCUGAAGGGGUGCAAUGUGCUGUGUGGAACACCUGGGAGACUGUUGGAUGUCAUUGGAAGAGGAAAGAUUGGCUGCAGUAAGCUGCGGUACCUGGUGAUGGAUGAGGCUGACCGGAUGUUGGAUAUGGGCUUUGAGCCUGACAUGCGUCGCUUAGUGGCCUCGCCUGGCAUGCCUACCAAAGAGAACCGGCAGACUCUAAUGUUCAGCGCCACCUUCCCUGAGGACAUCCAGAGGUUGGCGGCCGACUUCCUGAAGACAGACUAUCUGUUCCUGGCUGUGGGUGUGGUGGGCGGAGCCUGCAGUGAUGUGGAGCAGAAGCUUGUCCAGGUCACCAAGUUCUCCAAGAGGGAAAAGCUGCUUGAUGUUCUCAAAACCACUGGAACUGAACGCACCAUGGUUUUUGUGGCGACCAAGAGACAAGCUGAUUUCAUCGCCACUUACCUGUGCCAAGAGAAUGUUCUGACCACCAGCAUUCAUGGUGACCGUGAGCAGCGGGAGCGAGAGCAGGCUCUGGCAGACUUUCGCUCCGGCAGACGGCCAGUCCUGGUGGCCACCUCUGUAGCUGCCCGGGGUCUGGAUAUUCCAGAUGUGCAGCAUGUGGUCAACUUUGACCUCCCUGACAACAUUGACGAGUAUGUCCACCGUAUCGGUAGAACCGGUCGCUGUGGAAACACUGGGAGGGCCUUGUCUUUCUAUGACCCCGAAGCUGAUGGCCAACUUGCCCGCUUCCUCGUUACCAUCCUGUCCAAGGCCCAGCAGGAAGUGCCCUCCUGGCUGGAAGAGUCUGCGUUCAGCGGCUCCGGAUCUGAAGGCUUCAAGGGCUUCAACUCCACAGACUCCAGGAAGGGAGGAUCAUUCGCUGACAGCGGAGCGAGGAGCCAAGCCGCUGCUGCGCCAGCUGCAGAAGAUGAAGAAUGGGAAUAGAGACAUUUGAGCCAAGCACUGGACCUUGACCCGAGUUAUUUUUCUUUUCAUGUGUUCAGCAUGUUGUAGUAUUUUAGUUUGAAGUUUCUCAGAUAAGACGAUGUUAAGUCACGAGAGAUGUUAAUGGGAAACCAGGUCCUGUUUGAUGUGACAACCUAAUGGGUCUUCAUGACAGCAUAAUGUGGAUACUUGGUUUUAUUUUAAUCGAGUUAAGGAACAAAAGGUGUCUGGUUUAAUAUUCCAAUGUUAUUACUUAUUUUGUUUAUCACUACGAUCAAGAACUAAUAAAUAAUAUUUGUUCAAAGCC